UUGUUCAGUCUGCUUAGGAAACUUCUCCGGAGGGGAAAGUAUUGGAAUUGAUUUCAAAGGGAAAGAAACGCCAGGUUUUGUGCAAAUAAUUACAUUGCACCCAGAGAGGACAUCACUUCUGUCAAUUAAGAAAAAAACAUUAUUGCAAUCCAAAGUGUAGAGUUUCGUGGUAUUUUGACUUGUUCUGUGAAUAUUUUUUCUUUGUAAAUAUAUACUAUAUAUUUUUUCUCUCAAAUUAUUUCAAAUUAAGUGUGGUUAAAGUACUCUCUCCAUUUGGAUGCGGACUGGUUUUUAGCUUUAUAAAUCGGAUAAUUGAACUCGCAAAAAUUAUCUGUCAAUUCGAUUCAUAUUUGGGGUUUAUCUAUAUCGAGGCGGCUAUGUUUCUCAGUUUUUGUCUGCUGGUGACAUUUUUCUUGGGGCUGUCCGGGUGUUUGGGCUCAUAUGUUCCCUGCGAGCCGUGCGACCAGAAGGCUCUUUCGAUGUGCCCCCCGGUCCCCGUCGGUUGUCAACUCGUGAAGGAGCCCGGCUGCGGUUGCUGCCUAACCUGCGCCCUGUCGGAAGGUCAGGCGUGCGGCGUUUACACUGGAACGUGCACCCAUGGUUUGCGCUGCUUGCCGCGGAACGGAGAGGAGAAGCCCCUUCAUGCGCUUCUCCAUGGCAGGGGAUUGUGCACCAACGAGAAAGGAUACAAACCCCUCCAUCCACCCAUAGAACAUGAUUCUCGGGAGCACGAGGAAAGCCUGACGACCGAGAUUACAGAGGAUCAACUUCAACCCGCAAAGGUGCCGCUCCUCCCCAAGCAGGAGCUCAUCAACAGCAAGAAGAUUGUGGCCAUGCGCAAGGAUAAGGACCGCAAGCGAGCUUCAGCCAAACUGCGCUCCAUCAGCCCCAUGGACUACUCCCCUCUACCCAUCGACAAGCAUGAACCAGAGUUUGGCCCUUGCAGGAGGAAGUUGGACGGGAUCAUCCAGGGAAUGAAGGACACCUCCCGUGUCAUGCCUUUGUCCCUGUACCUCCCCAACUGUGACAGGAAGGGCUUCUUCAAACGAAAACAGUGCAAGCCAUCGCGCGGCAGAAAGCGGGGCAUCUGCUGGUGUGUGGACAAGUAUGGUGUGCAGCUGCCCGGCACAGACUACAGCGGCGGAGACAUCCAGUGCAAGGACCUAGAGAGCAGUAGCAACAACAACGAGUGAAUGGACGGCUCCGCCCCCAUCCCGAUCACUUGACCCAGGGCCCCGCCUCCUCCUUUCCCUCUCGCCUGUCUGCUCCGCCCUCCAGUCACUUUUUGAGAUUUUCAAUAUGAAAAAGAACAGCGAAACAAACGAACGAAAGGACAGGCUUGAAAAAAAAGGACACCUGAAUUUGUUUUGUUGUUGUUGUGGGGACCGCAUGCUCAUCUCUUAAAAGACGGAACCCAGCAGGUUUUAAGCCCUUGUAUGACCCUUGAGCCCCUUCCCCACUGAGGGCUGGGAUCCUCACUAAUGAUUCAUGAAAAUAUAUACUUGUGUUUAUAUAUUUUCAUAGAAGCUGCGGUGUAAGUACCAAACUUUGCGUCAAGUAAACCUAACAUAAAAUGAAUACAAGGCACAUUGAUUAUAAACAGGACGGUUUGGAUCUUUCAUCUAUUGCAAUUGAGGUGAUAGAGGAGUGAGUUGGACCUUCUAUCGGUAGAGCUAUAUGGGUUUCCCCCCCCAAAAAAAACAAAAGGAAACCUGAUGGGCUUUUCUGAUACAUUUGACUCUAUCCGUGUAUUUGGUUCAGUCAGAGCACUUAUCAAUAGGGGAAUCAGCUUUGAUAUAUGUAACUUCACUAAGUUAGUGUGAGUGUAUUUUGUGUUUAUGUUUGUGUGUGUGUGUGUGUGUUUGUGUACGGGAGAGGGAGAGUGGGCCUAUAACACAAGAAUUAUCCUUCUUUUUCUUUCCAUCACAACAUCAACAAUCGUUAUGGCGGGUGCUUAAAGUAGUCGUUGGAUGGCUUUCUUCCACUAUGAAACCUAGGUCACUGGGAAAACUGAGUGUUUGACAUAACAAGCAUUACGGACGAACCUAUGUAAGUGACUCUUUGACUCUGUAGCUAGCCUCAUAUGCCAACUGUGCCUGUGGUGACCAGACAACGCCAUGCAGAGCAACACAUAACGGAGAAUAUUGCCCCUACUGGUGAAGGGAAUACUGCCACAAAGUGCCCACACUCUCUGAUUCUAGCUCUUCCCAGCAAUCUGGCCAAACAACUGAGGCUUUAAAGAGUACUGGAAUGUGGCUGAUCAACUUUACAGUUUGAUAAUCAUAAGCGUUAAUGCUUUAGUUGCUAAAGUAUGGACAAACAUGAGGAGAAUAAGGGUAAAGCACUUUGCAGAAUUGCAUUCACCUGGGAGUCUAGCAGAUUUCCCUUUGUGUCAGUUGCUCCAGGUGCAGUCAUGGAAGGUUUUGUUUGUAUGGUUCUUUACCUUCAGUGAAGUAACAACUGCCCACUUUUGAGCCAUGAUCAUUAACCAAGUGGUCCCCUAACUACUAUGGUGUAAACUUGGUGUAUUACUUUAACUAUAGAUUCAUGAAUGUUCUUUUAUU